AUGGAUUAUCUCGUCUCUGUCGGGCCGCGACCGUACUACAUCAUCAGUAACAUGACUGAUAGUCCGUUGAAGCGGAAACUGCAGUCGUGCGAGAAUACUCCGGUGUCAAUCUCUCCAUUCACAAUCGGCCACCGCGGUGGAGGCACACUCCAAUUCCCAGAAGAGUCGAUCCGGUCUCAAGAUGCCGACAUCACAAUCGAUGAAUUCACCACCCUCUGCAGCAAACAAGACGGCUUCAACGCCUCCGCCACCACCCCGCUCACCUACCAAGCCGGCACCCCCCUCUGGCGCACAGAACUCUACGACACGUGCGCCCGCACCCUCACCCUAAACGCCUACAUCGACCUCGUAGACUCCUACCCGGGCUACCGCAACUUCACGCCCGAGUUAAAAACACCACCUGCCGCCGUCCCUAUGCCCUUUCUAGGAAACUACACACAGGCUCAAUAUGCGUCCGACAUGAUAUCUGCGUUCCGCGAAAAGGGGAUAAGUGCGGAUCGUGUGUGGCCGCAGAGUUUCUUGUUUGAGGAUGUGGUUUAUUGGAUUGAUAAUGAUGGAGAUUUUGGUGCGCAGGCUGUGUAUCUGCAGGAGUUUGAUACACCGUCUGACCUCGCCGCCGGAUUCGCAAACCUAUCCAUCGCACGCGCCGCAGGCGUGAAUAUCAUCGCGCCCUCGCUGCCCAUGUUACUUUCCGUUGGCGGCGCGGAUAACAAGACGAUUGUGGAAAGCGAGUACGCGAAAGCGAUUAAGGCGAAUGGCAUGGAUAUUAUUGCUUGGACUUUUGAAAGGAGCGGCCCACUGGCGAAUGUGAAGAGGGAUGCGGAGUAUUAUUUCGCGAGUGUGGCGGAUGUGGUGAGUUAUGAUGGGCAGUAUUAUGAGGUGUUGGAUGUGUUGGUUAGGGAGGUGGGGGUUAAGGGGCUUUUUACGGAUUGGGCGGGGACGGUAAGUUAUUUUGCGAGUUGUUUUGGGUUGGAGGGGCCGGUGGGGGGGAGUUAUCGGUGA